UUUAAACUCUUUGGAUGGUUACUUUUAUUUUUUUUGGAUGAAAUGUAAGUAUAUAUUAACACCCAAAGAAAUAACAAGUCAAUGUUACAAGCAAAGUGCAUAUCCCGAAACAAGGGAUACCACAACAUCAAGAUAGAGAUCAACAAAAGUCAACAAUUUGAACCUAAAAAAACACAUUCGGAGCAAAGUAAACUCAACAAACAAGCUCACCAAAUAAAAUUAGGAAAUCCUAAUUUAAUGUCCAAAGAAAGCAUGGAAAGGAUUAGUAAACUUUGCGCCAAAGUAAACCUCCCCUUUCUUCUUGGUAACCCCCAACAGCCUCUCAAGACAAUGGGCGGUGAAAGUUAUGCCCCUCUUAUCCAAAUUAUCAGUAAGUCAAAGAAAGGAAUCCACUCUAAUGACACUAACAUGGACAUGUCUAAACGGUUUGACAAGCAACUCGAAAGUCUUACCGUUUAUGAUCUCACAUUUGAUGGCAACAUCAUCUUGUUUCAAACCCUUAUAACUCCUCACAAUCCUUCCCAUAGCCUCGAAAUCGGUGGCCCCGUGGUCCUCAUUUGAGUUGUUCACGACAAUUUGUGAAGCCCCUUGGUCAGUUUGCACACCCACAGCCAGUUUCCGUGCACUUUGCACUGCUGCAUCAUCAAUUUUUUCAGUUGAAAUCGACCCCUGCACAAUCUGCUUUGGAGACCCGGUCGGGUGAGAGGAGCACCCGGUCGGGUGUGAAGCCUGGACAGCAGCAGAUUUCUCUUGUGGCCCGUCAGGAUCCCUUCCAGUCACCAAUCCAUUGUCAAUCCCAGCAGCUUGGGGAUGAGGAGCAGCCGGUUGAGAACCGGCAGGUGCAAUUGCAGCAGCACAAAUUGCAGCAGGUAGAGUAGUAGCAGAACUUGCAGGUGCAGUAGCACAACAUGUUGAGCAACAGCAGGUGCAGUUGCAGCAGCACAAAUUGCAGUAGGUAGAGUAGCAGCAAGUUCUGGUGCAUCAACAAGCGUGGCAGCAGGUUCAAGUGCAUCAGACAAUGUAGCAGCAGGUUCAAAUUGUGGUGCAGCAACUUCAAAAGCAGACAAUGCAGCAGCAAGUACUGGUGCAGCUGGUUCAAACAAUGCAGCAUCAGGAGGAUCUAGUUGCACCUUUUCUGCCCCUAUGUUCUCAAAAACAGUAGUUUCAAUCACUGGCUUUUGCACAAAUUCCCUUCCGCUUACGUACUUCCACAAAUUCCCGUUCUAGGUCCACAGUCUUUUGCACAGCAAUGGUCUUCGUAGCCUUAAUAGCCUUCAUUGUGGGUUCCUUAGCUACUAAUAUAGUCUCAACUUUUUCUGAUUCGCCAGUUUCAGCCUUUUCUUUUUCUGCUAGUUCCUUGCAAAUGAAAGGAUGGUGUCCGUACUGUUUGCAAUGGAAACAGUAGUUUGGAAACGUUUCAUAGAGAACCCGCUGCUCAAAGAUUCUUCCUGACGUCGUCUUGAUUGGAAAUGAGAGGGGAGGUGGCUUUGUCACGUCCACUUCAAUUAAUACUCUAGCGAAGUUGUGAUUUGCCUUUUCAAGCGUUAUCCUGUCUGUGGUGAGUGGAACUCCAACCUUAGAAGCAACUUCGCUAAUAGUAUCCUCAUUCCACAACCUCACAGGGAGCUUAGGGAAUUUUAUCCAAAUCGGCACCUUCAAGAACUCGUCAUCUUCAAAGGAAAAAUCAUCGGACAGGGCCUUCAAAACCAGUAGCUUCCCAUAAAGGAUAUAAGGCCCCUCAAGCAUAACCUUAGUCCUAUCAGCUUCGCUCCUGAAUUUAAAAACAACCCAGCCCUUAUCAUGUGGUUUGACUUCAGAGUGUACUCUCCAUUUUUCUGUAAGGCUAUGGGUUGCCUUUAAACCAGGGAACCCUCCCGUGAAAAAACCCACCAAACACCCACCAAACAGUAGCCAAAUAUAUCCACCAUUGAAGGUAACACACGGUCUGAAAAAUCAAGAAUAUGACUAGUUGGUGGAAUAUACCUCAGUUUAAGCCCUUCGAAAGGAGAUCGAUUGUCUUUAAAUAGUGCACUCCAUUGCUUCUUCUUUGGCAUACUUGUCAUGGAAGUAGGUGCAAGAGUUUCUGCCACUGUGAUAGCUCCCACAGGUCCAAACUGUCUGACCAGUUCCAUAGCAGCAGUUUUAUUUCCAGCCUUUUUAGUAGCAGCUGGGUUGUUUUGUGCAGCUGGGUUUGUAGCAUUAGCAGUUGGGCUUUCUAGCGCAGCUGGGUUAGCAGCAGUAGGUUUGUUAUGCGCAGCUGAGUUGUUUUGCGUAGCUGGGUUUGUAGCAGUAGCAGCUGGGUUUUGUAGCUUAGCAGCAGCAGGUUUGGCAGCAGCAGUUAGCCCACCAGAGUCCCCUGCAAUCGCUGUUAGCCUUCCACCAGAAUGCCCUGCACCAGAAUGCCCUGCACCAGCAGCUGGGUCUACUACUUUAUUUGCCUUAUACGCAAUUUCAUCUUGAGCAACAACAAAUGGCGAGGGACCAUCAGCAUUAGGCUUUCUACCAGAAUCCCCUGCAACAGCUUUAGCACCCGCUUCAAGUGGUACAGCAGUACCCGUUUGUUUCAGGGUUGGUUUAGCGAGCUUCAGGAAAUCGUCCUCGAAUCCAUCUAGUAGGUCAAAAUUGGCUGCCUUUGACCUGGUAAGCCUGGACGAGGACUCCCCAAUCCCAGCCUUCUUUUGUUUCUUCAUCCGCUACACUCAGAACGCGAAGUUCAUCCAGAAAAUUAGGGUCUCAGCUAACGAACAUUCCACGCUCAAACCAGGCUGUGGGAGUUCGUCUAAGGAACCAGAUUAAGAUCCAAAAACAAACACCAAUAUCAAAUUCCUUUUACAGAAUCGAUUUUGACAUUAACAGUACAAGUCACGAACCAGUAUAUCGAUUCUAGGUUUUUAACCGUAAUUCAAGGUCCUAAUUACAAAUCCAACCACGAAAUUGAAAUCAAGUGUGAAUAACGACUAAGAAAUGACAAGAAAUCGAAUCACAAACAUCAAAAGUCCAUAAAUCAACUAUUGUUCUCCAUGCGCUUGAAUCUGGAGCGGGUUCCAGAGAGAGAAGCUCUCAACAAGCAGGUGGUUACCUUUAUAUAUA